CCUGGUUGGUCAAGUAUCACCCCCCUGGGGUAGCUGUGUCUUGGUGUAUCUGGCGCAACGGCUCAAGGACUGGGGCAAAAGACUGUCGCGUUGUCAAUUUGGCGCCGACGUUGGCCAGCUGUGCUGGCUCGAGCGUUGGCAGAGCUUUGAAGGGCCCCUAGAGGCUUUGGCGCGCCCGGCCAGCUCUUAGACUCGUCGAAUCGGAACCCGCAUCCCCGUUCUUUGUGCUCGCUUUGUGGGCCUGGACCGCACUGGACUUGGUCGUGGAGGCACCAAUGGCUGGCGCUGGGGUAGCAGGAUCAAAUUGGGGGACAGCAAACUCGACCGUGCGCCGUGCGCCGUCUGAAUAUUAGUUCCUGAGGUCGACCUGCUUGUGAGUGGCACAUCUUCCUUGAUCGGGCGCUACAGGUUGCCUCUCGGCUGUACCCUUUGUGCCAUGGGCGCUUUGGUGAGCACGGCGGCUCACCCCAAGCCCCAGGCGGCUAGUGGGCUGCAGCGCGUGGCCAGCUCUCAGAAGGUGGCAGAGGCAGACGUGGCAGAGCUUUUGCAGCACGACUAUGGUGUUGAAGGCGAUGCCGCUACGGCCGAUGCCGUGGCGCAGUUUGUGGACGGGCUCGGUUCGGCUGUUGUCAAAACGGGCCCUUGGACAAAAAAUGUUGUGCACCUGACGCAGUUGGCUGUGCGCGUCACUGAGCAAGCUGGUGGGCUCGACAGCGCUGCAUCCUCUGCACGGCCCACACCGCGGGAGCGAAGCGCGCUGCUGCGCCAGCUUACAGCCGCCCUUACCUUGCUGCGACAUUUACUUCGCUUCUUGGUGUCGACCGUGUCGGAGCAAGCCUUGUUGGCUCACGUUGGCUUACCUGUCGUGGUCGCCGUUGCGCAGCUGGAGCCUGCCACCUACCGCAUGGAAUAUGUCUUGGCCAUUUACCGCCCACCGCAGCAGGAAACAGACUUGAGCACGGCGAUGGAGCAGGGGUUGCGCUCACCCGUGCCCAAGGUUCUCAAGAACAAGGCCUUUGCCGAUCCCUCUCGCCCACAGAGCCCACUGGUCGGCGAGCAAGUCACGCCCUCUGAACUGCUUAAUUAUUCCCACACUCUGGCCUUGAUGAAGCUGCUGGCGCAAGGGCUGACCGUCGAUGCCGAAACACAUGAAGAACAGGCCGUGCUGCUCGAAUCCGUGUCCACCAUGCUUGUGUUGCUCUCCAGAAAUUUGCACCAUGACUUUCGUGAGGCAUCCAUCUCGGCAGCCGUCGAUGCCUGGCUGACGUUGCCGUAUGAGGAACUUCAGCAAGCAUGGGUGCACCUGGCGGCGUUCCUGGGGCGUGCCAACGCCCUUGAUGCCCGCGAAGAGGAGGACGAUCUUGUACGCGACAUUAGCCAGCUAUUCUUGAUGCCCGUGGCUCUGGCCCAGCAAAUGUUCGGGGCCAAUCAGGCCCAGCGUGAGCGUGCGCAUCUCCGCUGGCAGCUCUUGCAGCUGCGCGCCCCGCAGCUCCUGCUCAUCCUGCUCUACUACCAGUCAGGUGUACGAGCGCAGCGGGGCCAGGCGUUUUGGGACGUUUUGCGCAAUGCUGGCCCAAGUAGUCAUGCACCAUCUAAAGUGCUGACGGUCUUUCCAGAAGCUCACAGUCACGUGCGCCGCUGGACGUUGUCUUUUGAGGAGCUUCUGACCACCUGUCUUCGGCACUUGGAUACCGUGAGCGGUGCAGCCUGGCUUUAUCACUGGCUCUGCUAUAACAACCAAUUUUAUACCUUCAUCUUGGACGACGCGCAGCGCACCAGCCAUUUGGUGCUGCGCCUCUUACAAGGCCUGCAUGGCCUAUCGUUGGCCAAGUUUGAACUGGGGCGACUUCAACUAUUGUGCUUGCUGAUGCUUACGGAGCGAGUGUCCUCGUGUGCUACGUUGCAAAAUACGCUCGUGGAAGAGGCCAGUUGGUACAAGGUGCAUGACGCGACGACUGAUUCGGUGGUGGAUCUGGCGAUUGGGUUGCUGAGCAACUGCCUUCACUUUAAUCUCAAGACUGUGCGGGACCGCGACUUUUUCAUCUCGGGAAUCGGCAUUCUUCUGAAUCUGGCGCCGUAUGCCGUGCAGCUGAGCAAUCACAGCUCGCAGCUGUUGACGCGGCUUUUCAAGUUGUGUCACCGCAUUUACUUUAACAGCCGCCAGGGACAGCAGAACUUGGCGCAUUUGCGGGCAGCGCAGCGCUGUUUGCGUGCUGUCUUGAGUGUCAUUAGCGCAACUUUAUCACACAACACGCGCAGUCAAGUGUCUUUGGUGUACUGUCUGUUGACCGAGGCCAAGCUAUUGGGGCAACUGGCCUCACAUGCCCAUUUAGGGCGGCCUUUGAGUAACUUGAAUACGCUAUUGCGCGUAUUUGAGGCGCUAUUGCAGCACGAUCGAGGCGCAAGUGUUUCGCACUGGACAUCGGCCAUCCGAGCCGAGCUGGCCCGUUGGCCUGCUGACCGCUUUCCCGAGUGUCAGGCUCAGAACCUGGCAGAGAACUCACAGAUUGCCAGCAUCAACUUGGGAAUCAAUGUGGCGUUAAGUGAUGGAGCUUUUCAAAACGAGAGCCCAAAAUAUCGCAUAAACUCAAAAGGCGCAGCAAGGCGCGAGCAUCAUUGUCCAGUUUGGCGGUCCACCUACUUCACCACCCCAAUGACGCUGAAAAACAAUUUCCUGGACACCCUUCCGUCGCCAUACGCACUAGAGGGGUCCACUCCCGGUCCCUGCCCCUACUUAGUGGCUCCUGCCGCGAGAGAAAUCGGAAACGUCCUUAUGGGUCGGGUCAUGGAUCCGGACACUUAUCCCCUGUCAAUUCCCCCAAUAACCCAGAAUUACCCACAAAGUUUGCAAAAGGUGACGUGUGACUCGGAAAACAGAUACGAUAAGCCUAGAGCGAUCGAUUGCAAUCGCAACACCAUGGCCUUGUUCGAGUGCGAUCGCUACAUGAUCGCACUCCACAAGCUGCAAACCAGCGAUGAUCCAAACCAUGGGCGUGUGGCGUACCGCCGCUUACUUGGAAUGCACGGCGGUGGCUUUGGUACCAAGGCUGACCAGGAGCAAAUCGAGGUGUGGAAAAACAACAACCUUGACAAGGCUCAUCGACCCCUUAUGAAAGUCAAGGCCGAUCUCGAUGCGGCACAAGCUGAGGCGGCCGCUCCCCUCUUCCCCGAAGGCAAGAGCACGGCCACACUGGAUCAACACGAUACCAUGACCUCCUGGCCAGACCCUCAGCCCAACGUCACGCCUCGCAAGAUCGAGGCUGACGCGCCCGAGAGCUACCUCACCCAUGAGUUUUGCUGGCACGGCUGGACACCGUUCUUCUGGUGGCAUCGACCUCUCAUGGCCGAGUUUGAGUGGCUGCUGCAAGAGAACGACCCGAUGGACAAGGGCCACAACAACUUUGACGCCCUUGGUGCCCACUAUCUCGACUGGGACAACUGGGAUGGCCUUGCCCUUCCCCCUUACCUCAGCAACCCCCAGUACAUUGUGCGCUCCGACAAAUUUGCUGACAAGGGCUUCCCACAGCACAUGGCCUUUCCGAACCCGCUCUAUCGCUGGUUCGCCCCCGUGCACGCCGAGGACCAGCUUCAUGAAAAGUUUCCCGGCCAGUAUCCUGAUGAUUUCAACUGCACGACGCGCGACCCGGCCUAUCGCUCACAGGCCUACGGGUACACUGAAAGCUGGCCGGUGCUGUACACUCCUGCUGAUCCGAGCAAAAAAACCAAGGCCACCAACUCGAUCCGCGACAUGGUCCACGACGCCAUGCUCAACCCCAACUUGGAGGAGUUUGCCACCACGGCGGCCGGUGGUAGCGGUAGCAUGGAGCAGCCACACAACCUUUUCCACAACCGCUUGGGCGGCUCAUACGGGGACGGCUCAUUCACUGGUACCAUGACCAGCCUGCAGUCCAUCUAUGACCCAAUCUUUUGGCUCCACCACUCCAAUAUUGAACGCCAGUUGAUGUCCUGGCAGCGCGCUUGGGUGCCAGAGAAUAAGCCCGGCUUCACCCCCUUGCCCGAGUCGCUCCCCGAUGAGGCCACCAAGGCAUACCGCAUCUAUCCUUGGACCAAGCCCAACUUGGUGUUUCCAACCAAUGGCGAAGCGCCUCAGUUCUCCUGGUCAACCCCUGCUGACGUCGAUGGUGAGGGUAACGCUGCAGCAUCAACCACAAACGACGGCACGAUCGGUGACUGGUGGGCCUACUCAACUCUGCCCUACGAAUAUGACAACUACCUCAUCCCGGAGGGUGACCCGCGAGGUGAACGUCUUGGCGCUUUUACCGUGGGCAGCCCGCGCCGCAUGCGCUUGGACGCCAACAUUGGCAAGCAGCCGUCUGGGCGCUAUGGGCUGGAGACGGGUGAUGGGGUGCUCGUGGACACGGUCGCCAUUCAAAACGCCUUUGCGGGCGGUGCUCGCUGCGCCCGCUGCCAGGGCAAGAAGGGCCAGCAUCUGGCCUUUGACGUAACUGGCACUUUUGGGCCUGAAGACCUGGAAGCGCUCGAGAAGUGGCGUAAGGCCGGAAAGCCUAAAAGGCGCGUGCCUGCCCUUGCACGCGCCCGCAUUGUACGCGUGUUUGCGGGCGACCGUCGCGUUGUCGUGGCAGAUGGUGACGUGGCGAUCGAAAGCGUCGACUUUUGGGCCAACCGUGGCCUUCGCAACCCAGCAGCGAAGCUCACUCUCAACCAGAAGCAGCAAGUCAACGUCAUGCUCAAGACCCUACCCGUGGCUCAACUGACCUCGGCAGUGGGGUCAGCUUCAGCCACGACCAUGGGCGUCUCUGGGCCUCGUCCAAUGGUCGCCACGACAGCCAAUCCUACGUUUGAAGCAGCCCUCGCCGCCAAUGGCAUGUCAAGCACGGUGGACUUUGAUCCGGCGCUCUGGACGGUGGGCAUGUGCCACGGAAGUGUUCAUGAUUUUACGGCCGAGCGCUUUACUGUCCGCCUCUACGACCAAGCGGGCCUCCAACCAGCCAACGCGUGGAUGUCGCAGCUGGCGGUCACUGUCAGCGAUUUGAAUUCUGACAACCUCGCCAUUGCCGAGCCAGAUGAGUUGGCCAAUGUCCUGGUGGUGGUGACCGAGAUUGAUGGCCCUGGCAACCCGUGGAUUCUGACGUCGCACCACAGGCCAAAUGCUCCUCACCCCGCGUUCCAAAAGGUGCAGCCCCCGUUCGAGUUGGCCAAGGUUGUCGCUGCCGACAGCGUGUGGAUUUAUGUGUCACCUGCGGUCCCAGAAGAGCGGCGCCAGGCUGUGCUGACACAUGCACUCGAGGGGCACGUACUCAGCCCACAUCCACACACGCUCAACGAGGGGCUGUUGGAGCCAACGCCUUCGUCCGAUCCAGAUGAGCCUGGUGAGUCUGGUCAGACCGCGUCCAAGCGUUCCCCUCAGGCGUCCCGCAGACACAAGCGUUCCACUCAAGCGUCUGGCGGGCCUCCGCCCAAGGUUGUCAAGGGGCUGUAAGUGCCACUCUGUGCUCGAACGAGCUCAUCGGGAUGUGGCACGACAUGUUUUUUUUUUUUUUUUUUUUUGUUUUGUUUUGGAACUGAACAAUGGGACACUCGUGCAUCGCCCUGGGAUUGUGCACCUGCUUUUGUGUUCUCUCUUUGACUCCUCGUCUUGCGUUUUCUGUUAUUGUGUGCGCGUGUUUGACCAUGUCUGCGAGGUUGUAUAGCUGCCUUGGUUAUCCACCCCGCUCUUUUCUUGAGAGGUUGGAGCUGAUGAUACUCGUGUGUGUAAAGCGCAAUACUCCAAUUGAUCAUUUUGACUGUC